AUGGCUCUGCCACCUCCAGAUCCACAGUUUGUUCUCAGAGGGACCACUGCUGCAGUCCACACUCUGCAUUUUUCCUGUGGAGGCCAAGAACCUGAUGUCCCCAUUCUUUUCUCUGGGUCUGAGAAUGGGCUUGUCCAUGUCUGGAACCUGAAAACACACAGAGUGGACACAACGCUGUAUGGCCAUGGAGGAAAAUCAGUCUACUGUGUGGAGACAAUGGGUGGUAAAGACAGGCUGCUCAGUCAGGGCCGUGACCAGAGGAUCUGCAUGUGGGAUUUAGCAGAAGGACGUACUUCAGUGACAGAUUCUGUCUUCACGGAGAAUGUGGGAUUCUGCAGGUGCUCUUUGCUAAAGAUGGCGCAGGGACGCUGGCUGAUGGCCAUGGCAGGCAAAGCCCUGGAGGAGGUUCAGGUUUUGGAGCUGCCAUCCAAGACAUCAGUCUGUACCUUGAAGCCAGAGACGGGUGCCAAGCUGGGCAUGCCCAUGUGUCUGAAGCUAUGGCAGCUCAGCUGUGGUUCACCCCCUUUGCUUCUGGCUGGCUAUGAAGAUGGAUCAGUGGUCCUUUGGAAUCUGUCAACAGCAAAAGCGUUGAGCCAACUUGUUUGCCACCAGGAGCCAGUGAUGAGCCUUGACUUUGACUCUAAGAAGGCCAAGGGGAUCUCGGGCUCAUCUGAAAAGGUGCUUAGCAUCUGGAGCCUCAGUGAGCAACAGAACCUCCAGGUUGACAAAACACACAAACUUGUCAAUGCUGGCAUAGCUGAUAUUACCAUCCGUCCAGACAAGAAGAUUUUAGCAACGGCAGGGUGGGAUCACCGCAUCAGGAUCUUUGGCUGGAAAAAACUGAAGCCCUUAGCAGUGCUGGACUACCACACAGCAACUGUCCACUGCGUGUCCUUCUCAGAUCACAAAAACCCCAGUGAGAGGCUGCUGGCAGCUGGCUCAAAAGAUCACCGCAUCAGUAUCUGGUCACUAUAUACUCAGACAUGAUACAUUCUGCACUAUGGUGGCCUAGGAACACAGGAUUGGUGAAGCAAUUCUUUACACUGUAACUUAAACCUGGACAUGGGGAAGUGGAAGAAUGUAUGUGCAGGCCCAAGUGAGAGUCCUACGUUACUUUUUAUGCUGCUUGUUCAAGCUGCACGUUUUGUUUCCCAGAGAGGGAAAUGGAUUUUUAAAAUUCAUAAGAAGCAGAGCAAGGCCAGUCAUAAAUGAAUACAUGGAACAAGUCACUUUCUACUACAGGUUUUGCAACAGCUUUUCUUUGGCAGGUUGCUUAAAUAACUUGUGCCAAUAUCUUAUUUUGUGAAAAAGGCCUGGAAUCCCUCAGACUGCAGUGGGGGCAGAACACAACUGUUUGUAAGUCCUGUCUGUAUCCUAGAAUCUGAAUUGGUGUAAAAUAUCACUCUUGAAAAUUUACACCCAUUAAACUACCUCCAGUGGUUUCUCAUUGUCAGUUACUUUUUCUUCCCCCUAACUGAAAGGCUAUCAGAACAACCUUGAUUUGUUCACACUUCUGUCAGUUUCUAACUUAAACCAACAGCCAGGAAUGUGACUAGAAAUGGCCUUAGGCAUUUAUGAAUUUCAUUAUGUCUCCUGUCACCUCAAGCCUCACUAUUAAUCACAAGAAAGAAAGAGGGGAAAAUCUUCCCCUGCACUGCACUGUAAAGCUUUGUAAAGCCUUUUACAGAGCCAGUGCUAAAUCCGUUCCCUAGACUGACUAGCUGAAGGAUUUAAACUCAACAAUCCAAUUAGCGCCCUUCUCCUUGGAGAGUUAGGGGUAAGUUUCACCAUGGCAAGUCUAGGAUUUAGCUACACAACUCCCAUUAACAUUUAGGGGAAUUGCAUGGAUAAAUCCGUAUCCACACAGUGUGAAUGACUCCAUUAACUUGUCAUCUCUAUGGUCAUGGAGUUGAAAUUCAGUCAUGAAGGGGUUUUUUGUUUGUU